UGUUUUCCUCACUCUUCUCCCUGCUUCCAUAAUGGCUGUUCGUUUAGCAGUGAGCUCUGCUGUAAGAAGGAUCAGAUGCAGUUUUCUGAGGCCCACGACAGCGGACACAGACAUCAGGAGAGGGGCAGUGGGUAAUGCUGCUGCUUCUGUCACUGUCCACGACAACCAUGGGAAGUUCAAGACUAUGGAUGACCUCCCAGAGAUCAAUCUUUUUACGAUGCUGUACAGACUGAUCUUUAAACGGUACCUGAAUCGCAUACAUGAGUUGCAGUUGUAUGAAAAACAGCUUUAUGGCCCUUUGUACAGAGUGAAUGCGGGAAACAUCCAAGCUGUUUCCAUAAGCAGUGCAGACUUACUGGAGGAACUCCUCAGAAAAGAUGAGAAGUUUCCUUGCAGAGGAGACAUGUCUUCGUGGACAGAGCCCCGUGACUUGAAAGGCAUUGGCUAUGGCCCUUUCACAGAAGAAGGAGAAAAAUGGUACAAACUGCGGACAGUGCUGAACAAACGCAUGCUGCAUCCAAAGGACUCGGCUCAGUAUGGAGAUGUGGUCAAUGAGGUGGUCUCAGACUUCAUCAAACGGAUUUACUAUCUGCGGGAGAUGAGCCCCACCGGUGAUCUGGUCAUUAACUUGACAAAUGAGCUUUACCGCUUUUCCCUUGAAGGGAUAUCAUCCAUUCUGUUUGAGACACGCAUUGGCUGCCUGGAGAAAGAGAUUCCUGCUGAGACACAAGAUUUCAUUAAUUCUAUUGCGCAAAUGUUCUCCUACAGUGCAUCAGUGGUGUUGCUGCCAAACUGGACUCGCAAAUUCUUGCCAUUUUGGAAGUGGUACCUUGAUGGCUGGGAGGGCAUAUUCAAAUUUGGCAAAAAAAUGAUUAACAUGAAGAUGGAUGAAAUUCAGAAGCGUGUGGAUGCAAAUGAGGAGGUUGCCGGGGAGUAUCUCACCUAUCUGCUUUCCAAUGUCAAGAUGAGCAGUAAAGAAGUUUACGGAAGUGUUUCUGAGCUGCUGUUGGCUGGAGUGGACACAACAUCUAACACUAUGUUGUGGACACUGUAUCUCCUCUCAAGACAUCCAGAAAUACAGGAUACUCUGUAUCAGGAUGUAACCAGUGUUUUAAAGGGCAAAAGUAUCCCAACAGCACAGGAAGUGAACAGCAUGGCUUACGUCAAAGCUGUCAUCAAGGAAGCAUUAAGGAUGUACCCUGUGGUGGCCACAAAUUCUCGUCUUAUUGUAGAAAAUGAUGUUGUCAUUGGUGGACACUUUUUCCCUAAAAAGACAUCAUUUACUCUGUGCCACUAUUCAAUCACCCAUGAUGAGAAAGUCUUCCCAGAGCCAUGGAAGUUCAAACCUGAGCGCUGGCUGCGAGAUGGUAGAACGAGACCCAACCCAUUUGGGUCAAUCCCAUUUGGCUUUGGAGUCAGAGGCUGUGUUGGCCGUCGCAUUGCUGAACUGGAGAUGCAUCUGGCUUUGGCAAGGCUAAGCAAGUUGUUUGAAUUCAGACCGGACCCAAGUAUAGGUGAGGUUAAGGCACUCAAUCGUGCAGUGCUUGUGCCAGACAGAAAGGUUAACCUCCGCUUUGUAGAGAGACAGAAGAACAUCUGAACCCUAGCUAAAGAAUACCAUCGUUUCAACAAGACAUAAGCUGCCUGUGUACAUAUACGAAAAUGAUCAGCUAGUGUGAAUCAUGUAAAUGUCAACUUCUGUACCUCUGUCUGGAUAUAAUUCUAUUGUGCUUUGGAAUAUGCAAUAUGAAGGACCCUGUAUAACACUGUGAAAAUUAUUUUUUCCCCACUCAAUUUUGCCAUGUUGCCAUUAAAUUAAACCCCCUACACUUUCCUUUAAUGGGUGGAGCACCCAGACUCUAAUGAUGUGUCUCCCAACGUAACUAGUCUACUUCCUCAUUUCCUCAGAUCACUUUCUUUAAAUGAAAUGUUAUGUGGUCUUUCUGAUAAACUGUUGAUGCAAGGGCAAGUUCUUAACAAUCAACAGAUAAUUGAAAAUGAGACACAAGGAAUAAAAUAAUGUAAAUCUAGUGUAAACAGAUUAAAUUACAUUUAACAAUG